ACGCGCGGCGUUAAGCACGUGUCACGUCGUCCUCUCCUGCGUGAAUUUUUAAUAUCGAUGUUUAAUCUAGCUUUUGCUACACAAACCUCCCUAUGAACCAUUCGAUAUUGACAAAAGAAUAAUGUUUAUUAGUUCUAAGUGAUUUUAAUGGAAGAAUAGAUAGUGUUUGUGAGUUUGAACGGAUUCUUGAUAAGUUUUCGAAGUGUACGCGACUGGAGAUAGUUGGGCUGGCGUCCUGAAAUUUAUUCAUUGGAGAGAAGCGGCAUGGCAUGAGCGGCCGCGUGGGCGCGACAUGCGGCGAGCGCCGCUCGCGCAGUCCGCCGCCGUCGCUCUUGUGUUCUCUUUCCUUCUUCGAUUCGCACACGCUGGUUCGAUGGGCCCUGGGGUGCCUGAGAAUAUAACAGUGACCUUCCUGAAUCCCACGACGGUGAGAGUGUCUUGGUCUACAACAGCGGAGUUGGUGGAAAAGUAUGACGUCACUUACAAGCCCUCUGACGCGAGUUACAGAGUGGUGCUUGAAGUGGCUGGUAACUCGGAUGCAGUAAUUCUAAGCGGCUUGGAGGCCGACACCCAAUAUCAAGUGACGGUCGCCGCGCUGUGGGGUGGGCAUAAGUACAGAAGUCGGCCUAUUGUUUUCCGCACGCUGGAGCCCCCGCGAACAUCCCCUCAGCAGGACGGGGGGCUCGAGCUACCCCGCUCCUCCGUGUCUCCGCCCGACCCAUCACCCACAUUCCCAACGAUCAGAGGCGUGGAGAUCGGGUUAGUAGUAUUAGUGCUAAUCAUAUGGAUUGGCGCUAUAACACUUUUUUUCAAUCGUUGGGGGAAAAUACGAAUGCUGCUUCCAUAUCAGCCAGAUUACAAACAGGAACAGCUGAAGGUGCCAGGAAGCAGUGCAUUGGCUGCGGCUACUGCAGGUGGCACGUGUGGAGCGCAUUCGGCCACUUCUGCCUGUUCGGAUCUUAGGAAUCAUACAGAUCACAUGCGGUGGUCACACACUCAUACACAGAGCCUGGAGUGCGAAGAGCGUCUCCUGGCGCGCUGCAAUCGACCACGUGUGAACUCCGCCAUUUUCUUUUCUGCGGAACCAUCGGGCUUCGGUGCGUUUGAUCCUGGCGAGUUUCUUCGGAGACACGGGUCGCAAUCAAAGCUGUGUAGGAAAGCAAGAUCUGCCGACAAUAUACCUCUUACAAGUAUGAGUGAUUCAUCAGAAAGACUGUGCAAAGCUAAAGCACCUAGGGAAGAAACAAUAAGCGAAGAAGGAAAGUCAGACGACAGCGGUAGCGUUGAAACCGUGAAACACUUUGGCUUACCUAUUCUGUCAGUGUCAGGCCCGUCUCCCCCAGAUGAAGACUACGAUCAGAUAGAUGAGUAUCUGUAGCAUUUCCAUACAAACUUCCAGCUUAAAUAUGUGCUGGAAAAAAUGAGGCCGACAUGGCCUAGUCCCGCACAAAGCCCUAUUCCGUUUGAAUAGGACAUCGUCAUGGCACUGAACGACGACUUUAUAAGACUAUGCAGUGGUUUCUUAUUAAUAUUUAAGUGGUGUUCUAUAACAUUUCGUUUCAAAAUGGACUUUCGCUUGUGGACUAAAAAACGUGUCUUGUUACGGGACCACAGUUAAGCAGUGUGUUUUUUCAAGUAUCUGCAAUGAUUAUUACUAUCUAUAUAUAAUUUAGAUUAUAAGAAUAAAAAUUUUAAACUCACUUUAUUAGAUUAUAAGGAUUGCACAAUACAUUCAUUUGGUUAAUAUUUCACAGUGCCACUAAUAAAUAUCGUCAUUCUUGUAAAAUUAAAACAUUAUCAAAUAACGUAGGGUAUAAUUUGAAUUUGCUGUGUAGGGUUUUUUACCCAUGUAGUCAUUAUUAUAUUAUGCAUUUAAUUUGAUAACUUAGACAACUUCAUAAGAUAACUUUUAAUAAAUACUGUAAUCCAAAUUAUAUCACUCGUCUUUAAGAAUUUAUCCGUGUAUCAAUAUAUAAUCUUAUACCUUUGUAGAAUAGGAUUGAUGAUUUGAAGGUUGAACUUUGGUCCAAUAUAUUAUGUAUCAACUGCACACAAGGUGUUUUAGAUCGUAAGGUUUUGAUGAUGCGUUAGAAGAUAACUAUCGAAAUUAUCUUUUUAAUAGAGAGAUGCCUAAGUAAUAUAUCCACUCGGAAUAAAUAAUUAUAAAGUCAAUUAAAGUCUUGUGUGUCUUCUCUGAAGGUGAGACUAUGGCUCUAACUAUAUUAAAUGUGUAUGUCUAAGUAGCUUAAUUAUAAAUAUUUCAAAUCAAUGAAUCGGUACUGGUGUUAAGGGACCAGAUGGAUUGGGUAGGAAAGGUAAGCGUUUAAUCAAAAUGGAACGAAAUUUACCUGAUAAUAUAAACAAUAGGUACCACUUUUUAAAUUUAAGACUUAUUAUUCCCUCCACUAUAUUUAGAUACGACGCGAGUUUAGGAAUUCGUGUACUUGCACACUUAUACUUCAGUCAUACUUCCUUGGUUUCGAUCACUUCAAUUUAGAAGUUGUGUUGAGACGUUUGUUUUAUUUACUGGACUUUUACUAUCUGGUACUGUUUAAAUUCUAAUUAUCUUUUAUGAUCCCCGAACCGGACGAAGGUUUAGUCAAUCACUUUUUCAGGUCUGAGUUUGUAUAAUGGUAUAAUGGUAACCGUAAGCUGUCAAGUGCGUAAACAAAUCAGUCAAAUUUUAAAGCCGGUGAAAGUUACUAGUAUAAACGUAUUUCCACAUCAUUAAUUACGUAAUUCCAAGAUGCUGUUGAUGCAGAUGAUGACAGUCAUCAUGUAUAAUGACAGGCUUAUUUAUCUAUUGUACAAAAUUGUAGUUUGGAAGAAAUGAUUUACAAAAUUUUCGCCUGGUUCACGGACCAUUAUAUCUUAAAUUAAUAAUUAAAUAUCGUAUAUUAUUUGAAAAUUGUGUGAAUAGUUCGGUCUAAAAUGGCAUUUGUAGUGUGGCUAUUAUAUUUAUAUUAAAUAAUAACCGUAGUAAAAUUAGCAAUAGAUAAUGUUUUUGUUUGUUAUUUAAAGCUCUAAUUAAUAUAAUGUUUUUUACUUUUAGAUAAUAGUUUGGUUAAUAUUUGGGUGAUGUGUAUAAUGUGUGUCUUAUGUAGGUUAUAAAUUGAAAACCUAAAUCAUAUUACGAUAAUAUAUCAAUGUAUCGUUUAUUUAAUCGAUUAUUUAUACGACUAGAGUUCUCGAUGUAGAUGUUAUCUUGUGCCAAUCUUAACAUUACUAUCUCCGUGUCAUAAAUUAAUGUGAGGGUUUCAAAUAUUUGGACUGGAUUGGUAUAAUGGAUGUACCUGCAUUAUGGUACUUACUAAUGAGCAUUGAGGAUGUCUGCUUGUAUUGACAACUCCAGAGGUUUCUGAUCAUAUUUAAGAAGUGUGUACGUAGCUUUUACAACAUAGAUUGUGCGUUUAUUUCAUAUCUAUAGGAACUAGUGUACAUAUCUACACUUAUGCUCAUAGUUAUUGUAAAAUAUCUAAUAAAAUUCGAAAUUAAUUGUAAUAUUAUUAUUUACAUACGACGUCUAUUUACUAUCACGAUG